UAUUUGUUCUACAGAAGCAAAGAAUGGAAGAAACCCUUUUAGUGCUCAUCCUGCUGCUCUCAGGAGGACUUUCCACACUUCCUCCCCACUCCAGAGAAUACCACUUUGUGAACCAGCUGAUGACCUGGACCGAAGCUCAGAGUUACUGCAGAGAACACUUCACUGACUUGGUCACCAUCUACAACAGCAACAUCAACCAACUGCUUUUCUCAAUGUCACCAAGGAUCAAUACUGCAGCUUGGACAGGGCUCUAUGAUGAUCGUUACAGCUGGAAGUGGUCCAUGGAGGGAAAACUGUUUUAUGCUGGCAGUACACAUGAAUUUCUGAUCUGGGCUAACGGCCAACCAGACUGUAUAAAUGCAAAGGAAUACUGUGUGGCUCUUCAGGGACAAACACAGAUGAAUGAUAGACCCUGUGGAGAUUCUUACCCUUUCCUGUGUUACAAUGCCAAAAAUACAAGUUACAUCUUAGUGAUGGAGAACCAAACCUGGUCAGCGGCUCAGUCGUACUGCAGGACAUACCACACAGACCUGACCAGUAUAAGAAGCAAAGAGGAGAAAUCCAACAUCACGCUCACUUUGAAUGGAUCAGGGGUUCAGUAUGUGUGGAUUGGCCUCUACAGGGAUCCCUGGGCCUUCUGGUCUGACAACACAACCUCCACAUUCACUAACUGGGCGCCGUCUGAGCCUAAUAACUACAAUUCAAUUGAGUACUGUGGAGCAUUUAGAUUAAUGUCAGGGGAAUGGGGAGAUGCCAACUGUGGGGUCAGAUUUAAUUUUUUCUGUUUCACAGCAGUGACAAAGCAAACAGUGGUGAAAAUGAAGCUUCAGUCAGAGGCAGACAUGCACAGCACAGAGAUCCAGCAGCAGGUUUCACAGCAGCUGUCAGGCCUCAUGCUGUCAGAAGGACUGACAGACUUCAGGAUUCAUUGGAGGAAGGUCCAGAGUUACCGUGACGACCAGUCGAAGAAUCAGGAUGUGGACGGUGGCUGCAAAACUGAAGUCUGACUGGACUGAACCACUUCAUGUGUGAAGUUAAUAACAUGCUGUGCUGAGCUGUCUCAUCCUUUAAAUCUUUCAAUAUUUCAGAGUGUAAAGUUUCACCAACAGCUCAUUUGUUCAGCUGCAGUUGUAGUUUGGUAGAAAUUCUUUAAUCAGAGGUCCACUCACUAGUUUUCCUGAUAGGCUCUAGUCUCUUGUUUUGUUUUGCAGCAUCUCUUCCAACACUUUAGUUCUGUUUCAUUGUGACAGCAACUGCUGCUGACUUACACAAAUGUGUCACGUAGGCAAGUUUACAAGAAUUAAUACCUUAUGAAAAACGGAAAUUAAAAUGCUAAGUUAGACUCAAGUCCUGAUAAUUUCACUUUUUUUUUUUAACUUAUUGUGUGUGUCUUUGGUGAUUUGAGGUUAUUUUUCUAUUAGUAAAUGAAUGAGUCCCUUGUGGGUUUUUACACUGAGUAAUAAAUCAGGUAACAUUACUAAAGGUCCAUGAAAUUAAAGACAUCUAAAAAUCUAACAAUCUAAAAAACAGCAGCUGAAGUGGAAACAGGAAGGUUGAGAAAAGAGAGCUGACUGAAAACUCCAGAGAAACUUAUAUAUGGUUAGCUAAAUUGGUGUUGGGAAGUAUGUUAUAUGCAUGUUGCAGUUAUGUUAUAUAGUAGAAUUGCAUUUAAUAUGUCUAUAUAUGCAUAUAUAAAAUAUAUAAACUUUUUAUCAAUGACAGUAAAAGGUCCAAUCCCAAUGGCCCUGCUUAGAUGAGAAGGCUGAAGUCUCUGAUAAAAACUUUCUGAGUCUUUAUGUCUGCAGACUUUGACUUAAGGCAUGACCUGCAGUUUAUAGCGCUGUGAUGUUAACCACAGGUUAACCACGACAAGCGUUAAAGCACAAGACAAAAAACUAAACUUAAAUAAUUAUAGUAGAUUGCAUUUAUAUAGCGCUUUUCG